AUGGUUGACAAUCUUCGAGGGGAUGGGUUGGCGAGAGUUUAUAGAGUUUUGGACAAGUUGGAGGCGGAUCCGCUGGGACUCGAUCGCGCAAGAAUGCGGUUUAGCCAGUCCCCACCACUAUAUACAUCGAACCCAUCGGGCACAAUAACUCGAUCUACGAGUCUUGAGCUUCCCAGCGACGAGCAGCGACGAAGGGAGCAGCGGGAGCAGCAAUUCCAGCGACGGCGCCAGCUUAUGGACGAGCGUGCGGCCUCACUUCCUCAGAAACAAUUCGAAGCCGAGGUAAAAGAAGAAAGAAAGCGGAUUUGGAAGACAGAUCCGCGUACG